AUGUCUCUCCCAAAGACGUACAAGGCAUGGCAGGUCAAGGAGGCGGGCGCCCCUCUGCAACUUCAGACGGUGGAAGCCAAGGCGCCGGGUAAAGGCGAGGUCCUCGUCAAGGUGCUCGCCUGCGGCGUCUGUCACUCAGACGUCGGCAUGCAGAAGGGCGAAUUCGGCCCCGUCCACCCCCGUAUCCCAGGCCACGAGAUUGUCGGCGACAUCGUUGCCGUCGGCGAGGGCGUGACGAGAUUCACUGGUGGCGAGCGUGUGGGAGGAGCCUGGCAUGGAGGCCACGACGCAACCUGCGCCAGAUGCCAGCUGGGCCAAUUCCAAUCGUGCCAAAACGGCGCAAUCAACGGCGUAACCCGCGACGGAGGCUACGCAGAAUACGUCACCCUCCGACACGAAGCCGUCGUCCGCGUCCCCGCAGACCUCGACCCCGCCGAGACGGCACCCCUCCUCUGCGCCGGCGUCACCGUCUUCAACGGCAUCCGCAAAAUGGAGAUCCCCAAGGGAAGCCUCGUCGCCGUCCAAGGCCUCGGCGGCCUAGGUCACCUCGCCGUGCAGUACGCCAACAAGAUGGGCUACCGCGUCGCGGCCAUCAGUUCCGGCUCCGCCAAGGCGAAGUUCGCAUCCGAGCUGGGCGCAGAGUACUUCAUCGACAGCAGCGUCGAGGACCCCGUGGCGAAGCUCAAGGCCAUGGGCGGCGCCGCGCUCGUGGUCGCGACGGCGCCGAGUGCGAAGGCUAUUAGCCCCCUUACGGGAGCGCUGCAGGUGCGCGGCAAGUUGUUGGUCCUCGCGCCGGUUGGGAAUAUCGAAAUCAGCUCGUUCCAUUUGAUCGGGCUCGGGUGCUCGGUUCACGGAUGGCCUAGCGGACACGCGCAGGAUUCGGAGGAUGCGAUCGAGUUCUCGAAGAAGCAGGGCGUCAAGUGCCUGAUUGAGAAGUUCCCGUUGGGCGAGGCGCCUGACGCGGUGGAGCAUAUGAUUUCGAACAAGGUGCGCUUCAGGGGCGUGCUGGUCAUGGAGUAA